UACACUUUCACUCGCUGUGUUCUUUUCCAAAUUACAGAAAUCAAAAACCCUAACACCACUGCUCAUUAAAAACAAAAAAAAAAACCCCUCACACUGUAAGAUCUGAAAAUUCUAGGGUUUUCCAUUUCCAGUUCACCAUCUGAACAAAAAUGUCUCCUGAUAUUCUAGGCGAACGCCAAUCCGGCCAGGACGUUCGCACUCAAAACGUGAUGGCGUGUCAAGCUGUGGCCAACAUUGUUAAAUCUUCACUUGGUCCUGUUGGCCUCGACAAGAUGUUGGUAGAUGAUAUCGGUGAUGUAACGAUUACAAAUGAUGGUGCUACGAUUCUUAAAAUGCUGGAAGUAGAACACCCAGCUGCCAAGGUGCUUGUUGAGUUGGCUGAGCUUCAAGACCGAGAAGUUGGAGAUGGAACAACUUCAGUUGUUAUAUUUGCUGCAGAGUUGCUUAAGAGAGCAAAUGAUUUGGUCAGGAAUAAGAUUCACCCGACAUCAAUAAUCAGUGGAUACAGACUUGCAAUGAGGGAAGCAUGUAAAUAUGUUGAUGAAAAAUUAGCAGUGAAGGUUGAAAAGCUUGGAAAAGACUCUCUAGUAAACUGUGCCAAGACAAGCAUGUCCUCGAAGCUGAUAGCUGGAGACAGUGAUUUUUUUGCAAAUAUGGUUGUAGCUGCUGUACAAUCAGUCAAGAUGACCAAUGCUCGGGGAGAAAUUAAAUACCCAAUAAAGAGUAUCAAUAUAUUGAAAGCACAUGGAAAAAGCGCAAAAGAUAGCUACCUGCUGAAUGGCUAUGCUCUGAAUACCGGUCGUGCUGCUCAAGGAAUGCCUACAAGAGUUGCAUCUGCUAAAAUUGCGUGUCUUGACUUCAAUCUUCAGAAGACAAAGAUGCAAUUGGGUGUACAGGUUUUAGUCACUGAUCCCAGGGAACUUGAGAAAAUUCGGCAAAGAGAAAUUGAUAUGACAAAGGAACGUAUUGAGAAGCUCUUGAAAGCUGGGGCUAAUGUGGUUUUAACAACAAAAGGAAUCGAUGACAUGGCUCUCAAGUAUUUUGUGGAGGCUGGAGCUAUUGCCGUGAGACGUGUUCGGAAAGAAGAUAUGCGCCAUGUAGCCAAGGCAACUGGUGCAACCAUGGUUUCAACUUUUGCUGAUAUGGAAGGGGAAGAAACUUUUGAUCCAUCAUUUCUUGGAUCUGCUGAUGAAGUUGUGGAAGAACGCAUUGCCGAUGAUGAUGUGAUUAUGAUAAAGGGGACAAAAUCAAAUAGUGCGGUUUCCUUGAUUCUUAGAGGCGCUAAUGACUAUAUGCUGGAUGAGAUGGAGAGAGCCCUACAUGAUGCUUUAUCGAUUGUUAAAAGGACCCUUGAAUCUGAUACGGUAGUAGCAGGUGGAGGGGCGGUUGAGUCUGCCUUAUCUGUCUAUUUGGAGUAUCUCGCAACAACUCUAGGAUCACGAGAGCAGUUGGCCAUUGCAGAGUUUGCUGAAGCUUUACUAAUAAUACCAAAGGUUCUUGCCGUGAAUGCUGCCAAGGAUGCCACUGAGUUGGUUGCAAAGCUACGGGCUUACCACCAUACAGCCCAAACAAAGGCUGAUAAGAAACAUUUAUCGAGCAUGGGCUUAGAUCUUUCAAAGGGGACAAUUCGCAACAACUUAGAAGCUGGAGUAAUUGAGCCUGCAAUGAGCAAAGUAAAGAUUAUUCAGUUUGCGACGGAAGCAGCCAUUACAAUUCUCCGGAUUGAUGAUAUGAUUAAGCUUGUCAAAGAUGAAGGCCAAAAUGACCAGGAUUAGAGUUAGUAUGGUACCUCAUUGUUCUAUUUUUGUCUGUAUCUCUAAUUAGAAAGGGGUUAAGGGAAUCGGAUACGUUGCUGAUGGCUUUGAGGCGUCCGGUUUUGGGUUGGUUUGUUUUUUCCUGUGCCCUUAAUUUAAAACAUUGUAGUUUUGGAUUUUUCUUUAUAGCAAACAUAAGCUCGGUUUUGAUGGCUGAGUGGGUUUACA